UCAAUUUUUUGUUGAAAAACCAGAUGGCGUAGUUGUGAAAACAUGGACGGAAAAUAAUAAAACCAAGGAUUCUUAUCUUAAGAUUUCAUUUCGACUUUCGUUAACGUGACUGUGAGAAGGAAGUAUCAUGCGUUUAUUUAUUGUGUUAUCGAGUGUCUUUGCUGUUGGACUAUGUGUAGGGGGUUACAUGAAGCAAGAUCCAACCGAGCAGCAAUGGUGUGAAAGUUUGGCAACUCUGAGUAGACAUGUCAACUCUCUUUCUUUCGAGAAUGGCUGUCCGCAGAUUGUGUCUGUGUACACGCAGGUUGUUUCUGGGAUGAACUACAUUAUCAAGUACAAGGAUGGCGACAAUAUUUGCACCCUGAAGUAUUAUGUGAAAUUAUGGGAUAAUACAUACACAGUGAAUGGUCACAUUUGUGCCGUGCCUGCUAGGCAACUAGACCAGACCCAUGCCAUGCCAGGUGGUAAUAUGGAUCAGGACCCCACAGACCCGAUGUACACAGACUUGCUCUUCAACUUCACUGAUAAGGGCCUUUUGAACCAGGCCUCAAUGAACGGCCUCCUCAUCACAAAGGUCCAGUCUCAGGUUGUUGCUGGUGUGAUCUACAAGUACACAAUCCAGAUGGGAUCCAAUGUGUGCCACUUGUCAUUGUUCGAGCAGUCAUGGACAGACACUUUCGAGGUGUCAACCGACACCUGCCACCUGGCCUCAGCCCCGAAACGCCAACUUGGGGGUGGCUGGACCAGUCAAGACGCUACUGAACAGCAAUAUGCUGACCUCCUGGCUAAUUUCAACACCAAAGGUCUCCUUGGUGAUUUCCAGACCUGCAAGAUUAUUUCUGUUGAUUCCCAGGUUGUUUCUGGCAUGAACUACAAGUACCAUCUGAACUGUGCUGGGCAUAACUGCCACCUGCAGCUGUAUGUUCAAUCAUGGACAGGUGUAUACACCGUGCACACAGACACCUGCACAGCUCACAAAGUCCGCCAGCUAGGAGGUUGGCAUCCGGUCACAGACACAAACCUCGCUGGGUACCAGGAAUGUAUUAAGGCCACUGUCGAAGGAAUUAAUUCUCAGUCAAAUAGCAUGUACCGUAUGGUGGAAAGCAAUGUACAUGCCAAGUACCAGGUGGUUUCUGGUAUGAAAUAUGACAUUACUGUGACAGCUGUAAUGUCAACAUGUAUGAACAAUGCUGACAGCGUGGGCAAACUUCUUGCUGACUGCCCAAUGCAGGCCGCAAACAUGUUGGCCCAAUCUACUUGGCAUGCUGUUUGUGGGUACCAGGCCUGGAAUAACCCAGCUCUCAACUUUAUUACUCCACCAGAGAUGAUGGAUGCACAAAACCCAAAAGAUAAUGGGCCUGCUUAUGAUGUCAACAUGAGUAAAAACAAAGGAACUGUAAUUAGCCUUAAGAAAAUCCCUGACAGUUCCAUUCCAUUGCUUAAGACAGUUGCCAAAAGUUUAGCCCAGAACCUGCAUGAUGGAAAGUAUCUAGCUGAGGACGGGCAUGACCAGCAAAUCCAUGGGAAAACUCUGCUAGGCCAGGACAGGCAUGACUAUGUAACACACAUGGAUAAAUCUGAAAAUAGAGUCAAUGUAGAACAACAAAAGGGAACAGGGCGGAAGUUAUUAGCCAUUGAUGACUUUUUGGAUAAAGCAAAGGACAUACUUGGUGGCGGUGAUGAUAAUGAUGUGAUAAAUCAUGUCAAGGAUUUGAUUGAACAGAAUGGACCUGAACUUGUUAGAGUUGGCGUGGACCAUUUACUUCAGGGGGAUGAUAAUGAACUUGUUAACAAUUUAAAAGACAUGCUUGGUAAAGAUGGUCAUGACUUAUUCAACCAUGGAAAAAAUAUUGGUCAAAUAAUAUUGGGAGGUGAUGACCAUGAUAAAGUUCCCCAUGGAAAUGGACUCCUAGGUGGAGAUGACCAUGAUAAAGUUCCCCAUGGCACCAAAAUGCUGGGUGGAGAUGACCAUGAUAAAGUUCCCCAUGGAAAUGGACUCCUAGGUGGAGAUGACCAUGAUAAAGUUCCCCAUGGCACCAAAAUGCUGGGUGGAGAUGACCAUGAUAAAGUUCCCCAUGGAAAUGGACUCCUAGGUGGAGAUGACCAUGAUAAAGUUCCCCAUGGCACCAAAAUGCUGGGUGGAGAUGACCAUGAUAAAGUUCCCCAUGGCACCAAAAUGCUGGGUGGGGAUGACCAUGAUAAGGUUCCUCAUGGAAAUGGACUCCUAGGUGGAGAUGACCAUGAUAAAGUUCCCCAUGGCACGAAAAUGCUGGGUGGAGAUGACCAUGAUAAAGUUCCCCAUGGCACCAAAAUGCUUGGUGGAGAUGACCAUGAUAAAGUUCCCCAUGGCACCAAAAUGUUGGGUGGGGACGGACAUGAUAAAGUUCCCCAUGGCACCAAAAUGAUGGGCGGAGAUGACCAUGAUAAGGUUCCUCAUGGCAACAAAAUGCUGGGCGGAGAUGACCAUGAUAAAGUUCCCCAUGGCACCAAAAUGAUUGGUGGGGGUGACCAUGAUAAAGUUCCCCAUGGCACCAAAAUGCUGGGUGGUGAUGACCAUGAUAAAGUUUUCCAUGGCACCAAAAUGCUGGGUGGGGAUGACCAUGAUAAAGUUUCCCCUGGCACCAAAAUGCUGGGUGGUGAUGACCAUGAUAAAGUUUCCCAUAGCACCAAAAUGCUAGGUGGGGAUGACCAUGAUAAAGUUCCGCAUGGCACCAAAAUGCUGGGUGGGGACGGACAUGAUGAUUGCCACAUUGGAAUGUUCAAAGACUUCAAGAAGCAGUUCAAUAAAUUAUAUGGAUCACAGAAAGAGGAGGAGAAGCGUUACCAGGUGUUCUGUGACAACAUGCGGGCAGCGAGGAAACUGCAGCAAACUGAAAAGGGGUCUGCUAGAUACGGGGCCACCAAGUUUGCUGACCUCACUAAGGAGGAAUUUAAGCGUCACGUGGGCAAGCGGUGGGACACAGGGGCCAACUGGUGGAUGAAGAAGGCUGAAAUCCCAGGCGGUCCAGUCCCCGACUCCUUCGACUGGCGUGAUCAUGGAGCUGUCACACCCGUCAAAAACCAGGGUUCAUGUGGCAGUUGCUGGGCCUUCUCUACUACUGGAAACAUCGAGGGACAGUGGGCCAUAAAGAAAAGGAAGCUUGUUUCCCUCUCUGAACAAGAGUUGGUGGACUGUGACAAAGUGGAUGAAGGGUGUAACGGCGGGCUGCCCUCCAAUGCCUACAAGGAAAUUGAACGACUUGGUGGUCUUGAGACAGAGACAGACUACAAGUACGAGGGCCAUGAUGAGAGCUGCCACUUUAAUCGCUCCGACGUGCGUGUCUACAUCAACGACUCUGUGUCUAUCUCCUCCAAUGAGACAGAAAUGGCGGCCUGGUUGGCCAAGAAUGGACCAAUCUCAAUUGGCAUAAAUGCCUUUGCUAUGCAAUUUUACAUGGGAGGUAUAUCUCACCCCUGGAAGAUCUUCUGCAACCCGGGAAGCUUGGACCAUGGAGUGUUGAUUGUAGGAUACGGUGUCCAUGAGAGUGAACCGUAUUGGAUUGUGAAGAACAGCUGGGGACCGGAUUGGGGGGAGAAGGGCUACUACCUUGUGUACCGUGGAGGCGGAGUCUGUGGCCUUAACACCAUGUGCACUUCCGCAGUUGUUGGCUAACUUGGUCACUUCCGCUUGAAUACAACUGUUUGAAUUAACAAUAUGUGGAUGAAAGUCUGUACUGUAUCUUGUAGAUUUGAACUCCUGUCGACUUAAUACACAUUGCUUUUUUAAUCACAUAUCUAUGUCGAGAUCAAAAUUACUCAUAUAACUUGAACAUUGCAUUUUUUUACGAUAAGUGUACUGAAUUGAAGAAAUAACUUAAUAGAUCUGAAAAUGUGGUUGUAUGCUCAGGUUGAAGGUUUUGUUUUGAUAUUAUUUUGUAAUUUUUUUGAAAGAGACUAUUUUUAUAUCCUGUUACUAUCCGUGUAUAUAGAAUGGUUGUAUCUCUGAUUUGACUCCUUGAAAAUUGCUGUGAUAAAGUGUUUGUUAUAAAUUUUGAUAUCUUUUUUUUAUGUAGACAAAACAAAUAUGUUCAUUCAGACUUCAGCAACCUUAACAUCUCCCAUUAUAAGUUUAGCAGUUUCAAAUCUCUGUUAAUGAUUCACAUGGGUUAAAUAAUAACAGCUAUUUGCACAUUAAAUAUUUCUGCUUUAUACAUGUAUAAAUUGUGGAAAAUGUUUUCACUUUGUUGAUCAAAACUGGAAUGUAAUAUCAGUUUAACUAUUUUUCAUUUUAAAGACUGAAAAAGAACAUAUGCAAUUUAUAAUGUUUUUCACUGUUGCUUCUAUUCCUCAUGCAUUGUUUCAUUUGUUUAAAGAGAGUUGGUCAAGUUUGAGUUUAAAAUGUUCUCUUUUUCUAGUGUUGAUACAAAGCUGCGAAAAAAGUUGACAAUUUACGAUUUAUUUUGUUGUUUAUUACUGUAUAUACCUGGCUGGCCAGAAAUACAAACCCCAUCUUAUCAACAACCUAACAAAGAAAAGUUUGCUUAUCAUGAUUAAAUUUCUUUCAACAAAAUGUAAGUUCUGGGUAUACCGGUACUAGAAUCUAGUUUGACAUUUGAUUGCUGCGAUGAAAGGGUUUUAUAUUUCAGUCAGAAGAUAAUGAAUAAUUUUAAGAUCGUCAGCAAUUGAAAUGUCUUGUACAGUCGUUGAUAAGAUAACUAAAUGCUGAUUUUUUCCCCCUUAGAUUCUUGACUGUUCAUUUUGCAUAUAAUCUUUUGUGUAACACUGACUAAUCACAUUCCUGUUCCAUCACUCUGUAUUCUAUUGCAAUAAACUGCUUUCAAAAUAUCA